AUGUACUUUACGAAGGGGUUUCUCCUUCUACACACAUUGCUUGUAUUCCUUAUUCCCCAGUUUGACACUUUACAAGACAUCUUAACCAUCAGCAAUCCCAUCAGAGAUGGUGGUGACCCUUUAGUCUCUAACGGAGAAACCUUUGCACUUGGUUUCUUUAGUCCCGGAGAGUCCACCAACCGCUAUGUUGGCAUUUGGUUUUAUAAAGCUCCUGAAAAACCCGUGGUCUGGGUUGCAAACAGAGACAGUCCUAUCAAUGAUAAUUCCGGGGUUUUCUCAAUUAAUCUUCAUGGAAACCUAGUGCUCUAUGGCGAGGACCAAAAACAACCCAUUUGGUCCACAAAUAUUGUCACAAAAUCAAACUACAAUACUACUCAUGCUCGGCUCAUUCAUUCAGGAAAUCUAAUGUUGUUGAUUAAUGAAACAAAUGAGGUGCUAUGGGAAAGCUUUGACAAUCUAACUGAUACAUUUCUUCCAGGCAUGAAACUUGGGUUAGAUCGAAUGAACGGUCUAAAUCGAAUUCUAACAUCUUGGAAGUCCAAAGAUGAUCCAGGAAUUGGCAAUUGCUCCCUCAUUCUCAAUACCAAUAGCUCCUCCCCAGAGUUGUUUUUGUAUAAAGGUAAUAUUUUGUGGUGGCGUUCUGGUCAUUGGAAUGGUAUUGGAUGGAGUGGAAUACCAACAUCGUCAAGUAAUGAUUCGGUCAUGAAUUUCAAGUUAUUUAACAACCAGUAUGAUACUUCUACAAUUUGGGGUUUACGUUACCCAGACGUGUCAUUAUUGUCAAGAUUAGUGGUGAAUGGAUCUGGAUCAAUUCAACGCUUUGUGAGUGAAAUUUCAGAUCAAGAAUGGGACAUUCUUGGGACAGUUCCAUUGGACCGGUGUGACAAUUAUGGGAGGUGUGGUGCAUUUGGUAAGUGUCAAGUUCAAAAUGGUACUGAAUUUGAAUGCACUUGUCUACCUGGGUUUGAACCAAGAUCACCAAGUGAAUGGUCUGCGAGAAAUGCGACGAGUGGGUGUGUGAAGAAGCAUGGGAGGGCAUCCAUCUGCAUGAGUGGUGAAGAGUUUGUGAAGGUGGAAAAUGUGAAGCUUCCGGAUAGUUCAUUUGCACGAGUCGAUGAGAAGCUGAGUUUGAAGGAGUGUGAGCAAAAAUGCUUGGAGAAUUGUUCUUGCACGGCGUAUGGAGGAGUAGAUGUGAAAGAGGAAGUUGGUUGCAUAAGAUGGUAUGGUGAAUUGAUGGAUACAAGAGUGUUGGAUGGGGGCCAAAAUUUGUAUGUACGUGUUGAUGCAAUUGAGUUAGAUCAUUUCAAGGGAUUCUUUGCCAACAAGAGGAGGCAGGCAAUUAUGAUACUGGCUCUGGUUGUUACUUCAUUACUAAUUUUCCUCUGUGUGCAUUGUUUAAUAAAGAGGAAAAGAAAAGGUAUGUGCAAUUGGUUAAUAAAUCAACAUGUGCAUGUGAAUUAUAAGAGUGAUACUACACUUAUUAUAGACUAGA